AUGGUUAACAGGUGUCAUCAUGUUGUUUAUAAACGGCAUUCUUACGCAUUUUUUUGGGCAGACCUUUAUGCGAAUCAGCAGAAGUGGGUUCCAAUAUUUUUCAAGAGUGAAUUUUGGGCAGGGAUGAGGAGUACACAGCGUAGUGAAAGUAUGCAUGCAUUUUAUGGUGGAUACCUGCAUUGCAAGAGUGGGUUGGUUCAGUUCGUCCAUGAAUACGAUAAUGUGCUUGAAAACAAGGAGCAAAAGGAGCUGGAAGAUAAUGCUGCGGACUCGAAAGGAGUCAUCCCAUGUAUAGGGAGCACGGGCAUUGAGAGACAGUUUCAGCUGGAAUACACCAGUAAUAUGUUCAGGACCCUUCAGCUGGAGGUAAGAAAAAAAACUGACUGCGUGGUUCGAUCAAUUGAACAAAAGGGAGAUACAAUUUCUAUUAAAGUGGACGAGCAGAAGGUAUUCUGGGGGAAGCCUGUCUACCAUACUUUCAUAGUCGAGUUUUACCCUUUGAGUCGAAAGGGUCAGUGCAAGUGCAACAAUUUUGAAUCCGCUGGUAUAUUGUGUUGCCACACCCUUGCGGUGUGGUCAUACUACAGAGUUGACAUAGUACCAAGCUGCUAUGUUCUUCCUCGAUGGAGUAAAAAUGUUAUCCGCAAGCACACUUACAUCAAAAGUAGCCAUGACGUGGCUCGGAGUGAUGAAAGCAACAACUUGUUCAGCGUGCGUUCCACUACUGUUGCUGUGACUCAGAAUACCAUACCCACACAGAGCACAGGCGGUGCUAUUGUACAUGACAUACAGAGACCCUCAAGAGUAAAAUCCAAAGGAUGGCCGAAGAGUAAGAGACUUGGAGCAGAGUUGGACAAGUCAAUUAAGAAGUUGUUGCAAAAAAGGAAGGGGAAAUCACAUUCGGAUGAUGUUGACCUUAAGUCAGAUAAUGAUCACCAUGGUUCUGUAAAUAAAAGAUUUGAGGAUUCUACUAUAUGGAAUUCAUUGGAUGGUGGCGGAUUCACGCACCUGUUGAAUUCUUUUAGGCAUAUAUAUUGA